UCGAUGAAAUUGUCCAGAAGCUUCUCCAAAUUACGUUGUGGCAGGGGCAACGACAAAAGCAGUAGCAACGACAACAGUGUUAGCUUCAAAAGAUGUAAUGCUACCAUCGGUGGAGAAGUUAGAUGGGAAUUACGACCUGGUGGGAUGCUUGUUCAAAAGAGAGAGAUCGGGGAUGAAAGCGUUGAAGAAGGGGUUUUGGUGGUGAGGGUUGCAACCGGUUCCCAGUGGCAUGACAUAUCCAUCCAAGCCACUUCUACUUUUGGAGAGCUGAAGAUGAUAUUGUCGAUGGUUACUAACUUGGAGCCAAAAGAGCAAAGACUACUGUUCAAAGGGAAAGAGAGAGAAGACGACGAAUAUCUACACAUGGUUGGUGUUAGAGACAAAGACAAAGUCCUGAUGCUACAAGAUCCGGCCACCAAGGAAAGGAAACUUGCCGCAAAUGCAAUGAUAGCUCCCUGUCGUACAAUUGUUGUAUAAAAUAAAGUACUGAUGGCAUACAGAAUCAGCAAACCGUGUUCUCUUACUAACUCCAACAAAGGGUUUGUGUUAUUUACAUGCCGACUAGUCUUUCUUCUAUCUCCUCUUCGAUCAACCAGACUUUGAUUAACCAGCAGUCUACUAGAGGCUCGUAUCUUCUCUAGGUUUGAAGUUUUCAAACCAGAAGCAAUGUACAUAUUUUAU